AUGGCCGACGACACACGGCCAACCUCGGGCGUGCAGACGAUGCAGAUCGAGAACCUGCCCGCGCAGCCGCGCACCCCCGCAAACAGCAUGCCCGGCGGCACCGCGCACACGGCGGGCGGCGAGAAGCUCGACAGCGACGGGCCGUCGUACAUCGACGCCGUGCGCAGCCUGGGGCCCGAGUACUACAUGAACUUCCACAAGCGGCCCUGCGUGCGCGACUCGCAACUGCAGGGUCUGGCCGCCGGGUUUGCGGGCGGCAGUCUGGCGGCCAUCGUAGGCAAGCCGGUGCUGAUUGCAAGCAACUGGGCCGUGGCCACCUGGUGCGGCGUGUCGGUAGUGUCCUACCAGGUGUGCCAGUACUACCGGUCCAAGGAGAAGGCCGGCAUCAAGCAGGCGCAGGACCUGAUGGAGAAGAAGCGCGCAAACAUCGAGGCCAAGAAGGAGGCACGGAGACGGCAGAAAGAGGAAUACGAGCGCCAGGAGGGGCUGCGGCGGCUGGAGGAGGAGAGGAAGAAGAGCUGGGCGUACUGGUACGAGAAGAACCUCAAGUUUUGGUAG